AUGAGGUUCCUACCCUCUUUUGCUUCCCAUUGCAGGAAAGAGAGAGGAAUUGAUAAUAUUGAGAUACAACACUUCAUUGCAAAAAAAGCCGAUCUCCUUUUUUCUCAUUCUUGGAAAACAAAUGUGCCUAUAACUGCAGAAGCCAAUGAAGAAAAUGAAGAUUAUUAUGCUGUUAUGCCACCUUUGGAGCAGUUCAUGGAAGUUCCCGGUGCAGAGAGAAGAGAGCUGUUUUUCCGAGACAUUGAACGUGGGGACAUAGUGAUCGGAAGGAUUAGUUCAAUUCGUGAAUUUGGGUUUUUCAUGGUGCUCUUCUGCCUGCAAAGUGGCGUUAUUCGGGAUAUAGCAGACAUAGAAAUCACUGCUCUGUGCCCAUUGAGGGACGUGCCUUCCCAAAGCAACCAUGGCGAUCCCUUAUCAUACUAUCAAACGGGUGACCUUAUCCAAGCUGCAAUCAAGGAUAUUGAUCGCUAUCAUGAGAAACUCACAGUAUCACUGCACAGCUCUGCGCUUUCUCCAAGCUUAGCAAGUACCAAAUUAGGCGUAAUCAGCUCCGAAGACUUGCCUCUGCACUAUAGGAGGAGUGUUGAAAUAGCCAGUGGUUUUGAAACAUAUGAAAAGGUUUUGCAUCACUCCUUGGGCUUUGCAAAUCCUGCAGUAGAAGAGUUUAUGGCAGGGAAACUAGGACUGAGCGAAUCCAACCCACCUUCCUUAAUGAGAGGACUACAAAGCAAACGUUUCAAUGAAGAGGAUUUUGCUGUGGCAUUGCGGAAAAGACAAUCUGCCUCGUGGGCCUUAAAAUGUGUAAAGAUUGGUGUUGAUUACUUCAAAGAGGGCCGCCAUGUGGAUGCCAUGAAUGAAUACAACAAGGCAUUGGAAAUAGACACACAGAAUGUAGAAGCCUUAGUCGCUCGCGGGGCGCUUUAUGCAACAAAGGGAAGCUUAAAUAAAGCAAUUGAUGAUUUUGAAGUUGCAUUAGAAAACUGUCCAACGCACAGAAACGCCAGAAAAUACCUCUGCCAAACACUUGUGGAAAGAGGAGGCCAGUUGGAAGAGGAAGAGAAGUUGUUGAAUGCAGAGAGUUAUUACAAGAAAGCUUUAAACAUAGAUGAGACAUUUCAAGAAGCUGAGGAUGCCUUGUUGAAACUUCGUAAGCAGAUACAGAAAUCUCUGGAAAUGAGAGAGAAACAAGCGGCAAAAGAAGAGAGGCAAAAAGAGAAGAAAAUAGAAACAAGUGCUGAAAAAUUGCGUAAGCUCUUAAAAGAAGAAAAAAGGUUGAAGAAGAAACGAAAAAGGUCAACUUCCUCUUCUUCCUCCUCCUCUUCCUCAUCUGACUCUUCAUCAAAUGAAUCUGCUUCUUCUUCCUCCUCCUCUUCCUCCUCCUCCUCUUCUGAGAAAAAAAGGUGUAAGCAAAGGAGUCGGAAUCGGUCUGAAUCCUCGCGUAACUCUAAAAAGCACACAUCUAGGAUUUCCUCUCAUCAUAGCAGGAAAGAUGAUUGCUACUCUCCUCCAGCCAAUACCUCUGCUUCCUUCCUUAAUCAGAAGCACGAAAUGGAGAGGCUGCUGGAGAGGCAUGACAGGUUAGCCCACCAAAAGCCCGAGGUAAGAACCAAAGAGAGGGAAUUCCCUCUGUCAAGGACUUCUGUGGACGACGAUCCUUACGGAGGUAGGUCUGAAGACUCCAGAGAUUACUACAGCAGCUCCAAAACUCAAGCAAAUACUACCAAACCAGAAAAACAGGGUAAGUCAGACAGAGUUUCCUCUCAUAGGAGAGACAGUGCAGGUUCCUACUGCAGAAAGGCUGAUGACAGAAACAAGACAAACAAUUCAGGAAAACUAGGGAAAGAAUUUGGGAGGAAAGAGCGCUAUCGGAAGUACUCCACCUCUCCAACAGGGUCUGAUUACUCAACCAAAUCAGUUGAAAACUACAGACGAUACACCAGCCAGUGGAUAAAUGAGCCCAGUAAAUACAAUGCUGACAACAGGCCAGAGUUGACAUGGAUUAAAAAUGAAAGAGAGCAUCAGAGCAGAGAAAGAGAGCCCACAAAAGCCAAGGAGUUGGAUGAAGAAGCUACACUCAAUGGUAAAGAACAACCGGGAAGUGGUGACAGGAAAAAGCUGCCCCAGAAUUUGCUCAACAUAUUUAAUCAGAUUGCAGAAUUUGAGAGAGAAAAGGGAAACAAACAAAACAAUCAAUAAAUUAAAAACCAUAAUGUGAGUGUGAGAAUAAUGCAACUCCGGUCAUUUGAGAAAGUUGUGCUCUUUUUAAAAAAAAUCUUCCCUCUUUUAAGUAUGCUUGCUAGAUAUUGAUUUAGGGAACAAUCAGUAUGCAAGAGUUACAUCAUAUCUUGUUUUGCAGUUGAAUUUUUUGUGCUAUUUAGGAAAUUAAGGUUUAGUGGGGUGGAUAGCUUUGGGGGAAAAAAACCCCUUCUUAGUUACUGUUAAGACUGCCGCCUGUGCGAACUGGUAUCUAAAUUGCACUUUACGAAUGAAAUCUCUCCUAGGCACCAAUGACUGUUACUUUGUAUUGUUAAUAUUUUCAUGCAUUGUUAAAGCAACCAUACAUUCAAAUGUUUUAAAUGGAUGUGCCAUCAAUGUAUAUAGCCUGUCUUAUAAUUAAAAGUUGUUGUUUUGUACAAAA